CUGUAUGCAUUAAUCACAUGCUAGAUUUCACUCUCCGUUUCCCUUUCGAAAUUUCAACCUGCACCCCGGAACUGGGUCGAAGAAAUAGCCUAGAUUUGUAGUAUCUGCACAUAAUUCGCAAUCGUUGUUUGAUUAUUUGUUGUUUGAUCUUUCGAUAAGAAUGAUCCGAUUCAUACUUCUGCAGAACAGGCAGGGAAAGACUCGUCUUGCCAAAUAUUACGUUCCUCUUGAGGAUUCCGAGAAGCACAAAGUCGAAUACGAGGUUCAUCGGCUGGUGGUUAACAGAGAUCCCAAGUUCACGAAUUUUGUUGAGUUCCGAACACACAAGAUCAUCUACAGGCGGUAUGCUGGGUUAUUUUUCUCACUGUGUGUUGAUAUAACAGAUAAUGAAUUGGCAUAUUUAGAGUGCAUCCAUUUAUUUGUGGAGAUAUUGGAUCAUUUCUUCAGCAAUGUUUGUGAGCUAGAUUUGGUAUUUAACUUUCACAAGGUUUAUCUGAUACUUGAUGAAUUUAUUCUUGCUGGGGAGCUCCAAGAAACAAGCAAGAAGGCAAUAAUAGAAAGAAUGGGCGAAUUGGAGAAGCUCGAGUAGACAUCUGAUUUGUAGUUGAGAGCAUUUAGAGAUUUCAUUUUUCAUUUUCUUAUUCUUUUCCCCCACCUUGUUUUGUUCCAGUUCUGCAUUUAUUUGUUUGCUCACUUGGGACAGCCAGUUCUUCCCUUGUAAUAUUUGAAAAAUUAAAGCCUGAAAAUUUCAUAUGUACAUCGCCCUUGGUGUUUGGAACAAUGGGGCUAAUCAUUUAUUAUCGAUGAAAACCUAACUGGAUUUCACCUA